UGUGGGUUAGGUUGAGCGAAGAGUUGAUUUCCAAGGAAAACUAAAGUUUUGGCAGUGAGAUGAACCGAAGAUGGUGAAGCAAUUGGGCUGGCAGCGACGCCCGUGGUGUGAUGGCCAGGGGGCCUGCUGACCUGAGCUGCACCGCACCAGGAGCUGGGAGCUGCAGUGGGCCGCCUGCCUGCAGUGUUGCUGAGGGCCUAUGGUGGUGGAGGCAUGUGCGUGAGUCCCCCUGGGAAGCAGUGUGACCUGUCGUGUGUGCGCUACAGAAUCCCGCUUCUGUGAGCAUGCCUGAGAUGACAGAAAACCAGACUCCUGCCAGCAAGCCACAUCGGAAAAAAAACAAAGAGACUCACAAUGCAGUUGAGAGGCACCGAAAAAAGAAGAUCAAUGCAGGAAUUAAUCGAAUAGGGGAGCUCCUGCCAUGUUCACAAGCCUUAAAGCAGAGCAAGAACAUGAUUCUGGACCAGGCGUUUAAGUACAUCACACAGCUCAAGCAGCAAAACGACGAGCUGCUUCUGAAUGGAGGAAACCGUGAACAAGCGGAAGAGAUAAAAAGGCUGAGGAGGCAGCAGGAGGAACUUCGGCGGGAGAACUCUCACUACAUUGAGCUUUUGAAGGCCAACGGCAUUAGCUUCAUGGACGAUCCCACGAUUCACUGGAAGGGCAAGCUGAAAUGCACGAAAGUGGCAAAGAUCCCUACCCAUCAGGUUCAAGAGGGGAUCAUUGUGUACUCCAACGGCAACAUCAUCUGCCCCGGCCGUCAGGACAGCCCUGCGCAGAAUGUGGUCUUCAACGUCGGCCAGGAUUUGAGGAAGCCGGCUGCCGACGCUGUGAUUGUGCAGCACUCCUGUGAUUUGACGGCGGCGCCCGUCCCCAGGAAGUGCUCGAACAGGACAGAUCUGCAGAAGAAAGCACCAGCCAAGUCUGCAAAGCCGACACUGCCUCAAGCCAGUGCUGCUCCUGUUGUUGCUGUUGCUGCUCACAAGGUGGCAGGAAAGUCUACUCUGGAGACCCGGAAACAGUUGCCUCCCUCGGUCUCCUACAUCACUCUCCAGAGAUCCACAGCUCCUACGUCUGAGCAGAGCCAGCCGGUGGUUUCUGGUAGCUGCAGCAAACUGCUAUCGGCCAACCCUACACAAGUCACGGUAGCAUCAGUUAGUCCCGUGAAGGUUUUGCCACUGAAACUGCAGCAGGUUAAACACUCUAACCUUCAGCAUUGUCCCUCAGUGCCUCAGGAACUGGCCCCACAACCUGUUGUACAGGCUCCUCCUGUGAAAGCAUUACUCACUGAAAAAAGGGCUGCGGUUACCCUUGAGAGCAGCAGCAGUGGUCUGUGCCACACAGUGAUGCACACGGCUGCGUGUUUGCCUUCUUUAGCCUCCCCUGCCAAUGGAAACGAUUCAAACGGUGUCAGCACCCUCACCAGGAUGACCUCCUCUGGCAACACCCAGACCACAUGGACAACACUACACCUGGCGGGGAACACGGUGCAGCCCCUGAACCAGAUGGCUUCCAGUGUUCUGCCUCCAUCGGUCAAUGACAACUCAAGCUCGUCAACAGAUAGCAGCAGACAGGUGCUCAACACUGGCAGUGUGGCCGCCACACCAGGUUUAAAGGGGGUCUCUUUGUGCUCAGUACGAAGUAAGCAGGUUCAUUCCCAGUUGGCAGCGGUUACUUUGCCCUCCAUUCAGCCAGUACCUGUUCAACCAUUAUUAACACAGCCCCAUAUCCCAGUUCAGACUCAGCCAAACGUACUGCCACUGCUGCAGGCUAUGCAGGUGAUUCAGAUGACAAACAAUGCCAGCUCUGCAGUUCCUCAAGCUGCGCACAACCCAAAUGUUGUUAUCUUGCAGCCAGCAAACCCAUGCCCAGCACCUACAGUGGUGAGGGAGGGCUUGCCCAGUCAGACGCCAUGCCAGCAGAUCGUCAUCAUCCAGGCAGCAAAUCAGAGUUCAGUGUUACAGAAUCCACAAGCCACGGUUGUGCCAGCUGCUGCUCCAGCUGUGGCUCCGGCAGCCAAUCAGAUCGCUGCUUCAAGCUGCUCAGCUCCCAUGACCAGUGUCCAAACUGUGGGGGGAAAACAUCUGGUGCAUAUACUUCCCAGACCCCUCGUGUCAACCGCUUGUAAAACCACUGGCUCUGCACAGACACCACAACAGCAUCAGCCCCACACCAUUUCAGUCAAUGGUCAGAUUUUUGCUUUGCAGCCCAUGAAGCCAUCCACUGGAGUCUCCAGUCAGAGUCCUAUGCAAAUCAUCCAGCCCACCACCAGCGAAGAUCCUAACACCAAUGUUGCCCUGAACACUUUCGGUGCCCUUGCCAGUCUCAAUCAGAGCAUCUCGCAGAUGGCUGGCCAGAGCUGUAUGCAGAUUACUGUGGCUAAGGCUGCUAAUAAGGCGGCACAGGCCAGCAGUGGGCAGGUUAAUAUUCCUCUUCCUUGCACCACUGCAGUUUCACAUGUCAAUACAUCCGGCAGUGCAUCUUCUGUCAGUUCCACAGCUCCCUCCUCUGGGCCACUGGGCCAUAGAGUCCCUGCCACCGGCAGCACGGUGAAGCUGAUGUUAAUGAAAUCCAGCAUAACCUCAGGAGGUAAACCCAAAAGGGCGACUUCAAAGAAAUCUGGCUCGGCCAAGCCGCCUGCCACCAAACAAGGAGGCGGUCCUCAGGUGAAUUCAUCGAAACCUGCAGGAAAGCAACCAGCGGCUGCUGAGAUUCGACCGGAGCCCGUGAACAAGGAUGGGUCAGAUGUCACAGAGGACUUGUCAGCUGCGGUAGAAGCAUCUGCAUUACCUCACAAAAAGGGAGACGUACAUCCUCCAGAAUCAACCGUGCCUUCAGUGGUGUUGUCUUCUCUAGCAGCCCCUUCUGUUGUGAGUAAGGCUUCCACUGCGCAGCUUCUUGUAGCAACCACAUCUGCUGCUGCUGUGACAUCCUGUUCCACGGUGUGUGCGCCAACAACAGGGCCACAGCCGGGCAUGUUUCCCACUGUGUUGUGUACCAAGGAGAAUAUGCCUGUCACUCAGGAACCCAGCUUAGCGGACAGCCAGGCCCCCUCUUCCACAGCCUCCACGGCCUCAGACUCCCUGUCGACAAUAAUGACCAGUAUCUCUGAGCUGUCUUCCCCAAUCUCUGUGUCUCGCCAGAACACUUCUUCACACGCAUCAGGACGUGAAACCACCAGGACCGAUCGCCAUAACGCAGGUAAGCUGGUGACAUGUGCUAAUUCUGUGGUCCCUGAAACUGUUCCUGAACAUCAGACCAAGAAAGCAGGGUCCGCUGAGCUGUCCUCAACCCACGCCAAAUCCGCACCUGCAGUCGCAAAGCAGACAGAAGCAGCUUGUUCUGAAAUCAACAAGGGUAAGAUCCCGGCAGCGCAGUUCCCAGUUGCAGGUGAAUCGCAUUCAAAGCAGCCGUCUACUGACGAGGCGAUUGAAAAGGAAGAUGUAGAGGCAGACCCUCUUUCAAUGAAUCGGAAGGAGACCACUCCUCAACAACAAGUGUGUGCUUUGGACCACGAUACAUUGGGCAGCUCCUUAGUGUCAAGCAGGCAGACGGACUCGCCGAUGUCGACCAGUUCUGGAAGCAGCCGGGGAUUCUCGGUUGCCUCCAUGUUACCCAAUACCAACAGAGAAGAAACCCCUUGUGUCAGCAGCUCCACAAACACUUUCUCCAGCUUCAGCUUCUCAGAGCAGGCUGAUAUCUUUGCUCUGGCUGCCAAGGCCAUUUUUGACCAUGAUACCCAAAGCAAGAAAGUUGCCACAAGCAGUGUAGAAGUUCCAAUAGUUUGGGAAGUUUCCAAAAGUCAAGAGACUUCCACCCUCAGCAAAGAAAGACAAGGCAGUCAGCAGCCUAAGCUUUCAAAGCACUCGGAGGGUCACACAGGAAAGGCACAGUCCCAGGUUCAGCUGAGUGGUGAGAGGCCAUUGGUAUCAGCAAGUAAUAGUUCUGCUGGGGCCAAUCACCAUUUAUCAGUUCCAUCAUCUCAGUCUUCUGCUCCUGUGGGCAGUCUGAGUGUGAAUAAUUUGAUACGCCAAAACAGUGUCAGUCAGUCUUAUGCCUGCUCGUCCACCCUGAAUCAGCCCACCGAAUCGACGUCUGUGUCUGCUGCUGUCCAUGCAUCAAGGUCCUCUUCUGCCUCUUUGCUUUCACCGUGUUCAGCCGCAGGACAAAUGCUGGAGUACACGCCUCUUAAAAACGUGCCCAUGAGGGGCCAUGUUUCAUCUGAAUUGCACCUGAAACAGAGCAGUGAGCACCUAAAAGACGCCUCCAAGCGCCCUCCGCAAGAGGACCUCCUCCUUUCAACAAGCAAGCGGCAGAAACAGUGCCACAACCCCAAUAUUGGAAGGCUGGACAUGAAGUCCGCUUUGGGCAGGACCUUAGACAGUGUCCCUGAUCAUCCUCAAAUGAUGGUUAGCCAACUUCCCCCCAGCUCUGUGACCUCUGUCUCCUCUGUCAGCAGCAGUCGAGGACACCCUGAGGGGCUUAGCAACUUGUUCCCUACAAGCAGUUUCAUGAAUACUGUCCUGAGGCAAUCGGACAUGCACUGUGCUCCCCAAGCUGUGAUCCAGGAGCAGCAGCAAAGUCAGCAAGGUGGUCCACAUUUACAGCAGCACGCCCAACACCCUUCAGCCCCUGGGGGGCUGCACUUGACCAGCGGAAAUCCCUAUCUCAAGCAACAGCAAGAGCAGCAGCAGCAGCAGCUGCAGAGUCAAAGACACCACUUAUACCAGCUACAGCACCACCUCACCCAACCGGAGGGCCAGCCCAUCGCCCAGCAACACCAUGGCCUUCACCAGCAGAGGUCCAUGCAGCAGGAGGCACAGAUACAGAAGAAAAGGGGCCUUGUGCGUGGGGGCCCCCCCGUAGCUCUGCAGCAGAAGCAGCAUCAUAGUGGUGCAGGGGAUCAGACUCUGCAGCAAAAGAGUGGGGCACAACAGCAACAGCAACAGCAACAGCAGCAGCAGCAGCAGCAACAGCAACAGCAACAGCAACAGCAACAACAGCAACAGCAGCAGCAGCAGCAACCACAGACAUCUCAUUCACGCCAUCAGCAUCUUCAGCAGCAAAUGCAGCAGCAGCAUUUUGGAGGACCCCAUUCUGACAAGGGCUGCGAAAACCAGUCUGCUUCAAGGAGCCAUCAUGGUGGGCAUUCUCAGAGUCAUCUGAGCCAGGAAAUCCUCCAUCAGCAACAUCAGCAACAUCAUCAUCAGCAGCAGCAGCAGCAGCAGCAACAGCAAGACAGUGGAACGGGUCGGCAGCAAGGAGCGCAAGUUGAUCAUGUCCCAGGACAGAAUCCUAUGCAGAGGCUGAUGACCUCCCGGCCAUUAGAGCAGCAGAUGGCUUCCCAGCCGAGCGUUGUUUCCCGAUCGUCUGAUAUCAUUUGCACUCCGUCGAGGCAGGAAAGAAAUAGGAUUUCCGACUAUUCUGCAGAGGCCCUCAUUGGGAAAUCUCCUUCAAAUACUGAACAGAGGAUGGGAAUGGCCAUCCAAGCCUCCCACGUGAGUCAGGAGCAGUCUGACAUGAGGACAUAUCUAGAGGCUUCCAGGAGCAAAGGCAUUGUACACAACAUACAAGGCAGAAUCCCAACAAAGCACCCUGUAUCUACGGAUGUCCAGAGGGUCUCUGAGUGCCCUCCCUUCAAAACAAUCAGCACAACCCAGCAUCAGAUGGCUAGUUUUGAGGUGCAAGCCUCAAGGAACAAUGAAAUGGCAUCGAAACCUGUGCCCUCACACAGGAGUGUCCAGUCACAGAGCUUCAGAAUAGGACAGGGAACAUCGAUUGACAGGCAGCAAAGAGGGGCUUAUCCACCACCUCAGGGCAUCCAAGCAGGAGCUGGCAUUCAGCCCAGAGAAAAUGAUAUCUCCUGCCAUCAGAGCUUUAUGCAGAGCUUGCUAGCACCCCACCUUGGGGAACAGGUUGCGGGGAACCAGCGGAUAUCUGACCACCAGAGGGCUGCACAGUGCUGUCCUCCGGUCAGCAUGGAGUACAACUGUCCUCCCUCACGCGAGGGGGGUGUCCACCUGAGGCGAGAAAGUGAGGCCCAAAACCGGGACAGCUGUGAGAUGCCGCUGGGGCCAAUCAGCUCCAGGAGCAACUCCAUCAACAUCACCUUCACUAGCUCCUCCACAGCAGGCGAGAUGCAGGGCAAAAACGCCAGCCCGAACGUCUCGGGCCAGAAGCCCAACUCCAUGAGGAUAAACGACAGCCAGGGCAACAAGGGCCACCUGAAUCCCCAGGUUAAUGUGAGCAUGCAUAGCAGUGGGGUCCGACCAGUGCUGCCUCACCCCGCGGCGCCCCACAGCAGCGCAGAGCCCGUCCGGUCCUCCGUCCGCCCCCAGAGCACCGUCAGCCAGCGAUCCAGGCAUCCGGUGCAGGACGGCCAGAGCAACAAAAUCCGGCCCGCGGAACGGACGAGAUCUGGAAACCUGAGGCCGGGGAACCCCUUCGACCCGGACGGCCACCUGCCCCUGACAUCGAGCAGCGGCAUGAUUCUGAGCCGGCAGCAGGCCGCCGCGGAGAGGCGGGGCAGCAUCGUGCGCUUCAUGGCCGACAACCCGCAGGUGGGCGGAGACAACCUGACCGCCGACCAGCACGGCCUCUCCCAGAACUUCGGCUUCCCGUUCAUCCCCGAAAGCGGCAUGAACCCUCCUAUCAACGCCAACCCUUCUUUCAUCCCUCCUGUGACCCAGCCCAGCGCCACCAGGACGCCCGCCAUCAUUCCGGUGGAGGCCCAGAACACUCUCCCAUCCUUCUACCCUUCCUACUCCCCAGCUGCGCACCCCAGCCUGCCUAACGACAUCUCCAUACAGUACUUUUCCAACCAGAUGUUCACCAGCCCCAGCACGGAGAAGAGCAACAGCGGCGGGCUCAACAACCGCUUCGGCUCCAUCCUGUCGCCGCCCCGCCCCGUGGGGUUCGCGCAGCCCAGCUUCCCCCUCCUCCCGGACAUGCCCCCCAUGCCCAUCGCCAACUCCUCCGGCAUCACCCCGCACCUCUCCAACUUCAACCUGACCUCGCUGUUCCCCGAGAUCGCCACGGCGCUGCCGCCCGACGGCUCCGCCAUGCCCAUGUCCCCGCUGCUGUCGCUCUCCAACGCCGCCGCCGCCGACACCAGCAAGCAGCCCUCCAACAGGCCGGCGCACAACAUCAGCCACAUCCUGGGCCACGACGGCAGCUCAGCUGUGUGAAGGAGCCCUCACAGGGCAUCGUCUGGGCAAGGGGUCACCAGGCCCCGCGCCUCCUGGUGGCUGACCACGUCCGUGCUGAGCUCCGGUAUCCUCCCUGAACUGGCCUCCUGGCUUAGCUGUAUUAGUAGUGUUCUUCUGCUCUCCCUUUGUGCUGAACAGCCCCUGGAGUGGUAGCGCUCAUGGCGACCUGGAAGUUAUCCCGAUCCGUUUCCUUCGCCGACUUCGGCACAAGUCGAUUGGCCUCAGACUUCACCUUGGGACGGCAGCAGUUGAGAGGUCGUUGCCUCUUUUUUCCCCCAAAAAAAAAAUUUGUGUGAAAAUCAGAAAGUCACUUAUUCCAGGUGAGGAUUCGAGGCUCCAUCAGCCCGUCUCGGAAGCACAGGCACAAGGUAGGACUCCACGAUGGGACACCUGCCCACGCACAUGGGCAGUGCAGAGACACCAGUCAGCAGUGACUUGCUUAAUGAACACGGUGCACAGUUUGUCGAUAGCAGUUUUAUUGAAGAUUGCACUCUAGGAGAAAUGGUAUUUUCUUUUUCCAGUGUUAUUUUUCUAUUUAUUGUUGUUUUUGUCCAAGACUAAGGUUAUUCACAGUUUGAGAUUGAAUCUUGUUUUUGUUUGCCAAAAAAACUGCACCCUUGUUUGACAAGAGUUCAGUUGUGGCAAACGGGAGUGGCAGACGCACUCGGCACGCUGACAUACUGUAAAACACACAAGUGAAGCGAGUUGGUUUGGGUAAAAUUCAUGGCAAGGAAUGGAAACCCCCCAAGAUGUUUAGCAUUAAACAGCUGAGUGACGAGGGGUUUUAUCAGCUUCAUAUAGGCUCUCGGAUGAUGAAAGAAUCUGUUUUGUUCCAGUACACAGAUUCUAAAAAAAAAUGAAUUCAAAGGUACUGAUUUUUACUUUUGAUAGCGAUGGAACUUGUUUAAUUUAUUGGAAUUGUCUUUGGAACAAGAUGUGGGCUUUGGGGGCCAAAAAAAUAAUUCUACUGCAGUAUGGUUAAGAAAUAAUUAGUGAUCUACCAAAUGGUAGGACAUCACCUUAAAUGUUAAAAGUUAAAUGUUAACUAUAAAAAGUAUUCAGGACACCAACCAACAGGACACCGAAACCUGCUACACUGGUGAGCAGCCUGGUUGUGUUAUGUAGUUAAACCCAGUUGAGCUGCCAGUUCCAGUUUUAGGCAGAGGAGGGCGCUGCACACUAAAGUAAAAAGUCGAGACUGUUAACUCGACCUUCUCUGGAUGACAGAAAGCUAAAUCUAAAAAUCUAGGCAAUGCCAGUUUCUUUAUGUGGGAGGAGUAGGUUUGAAUAAAUUGACACCUUAAAAAUGAUCACAGGAGGUAAAGAACUUCAAGCUUUUCUUUUGUAACUGGAACAUGAAGGUGUUAAAAAGAGGCACUUAUUGUUCACGCUGUACAGACUACAGCUGGGGACUUUCAGAUUCUACUGGGAGGUGUAAGAGUCUGCAUUAAUUUCAACAACUCUUGUAAUAAUGAUAAAUUUAUUUCUAUAGCACUUUUCAUACACAUUUUUGCGACUCAAAGUGCUUAUGACAAAAAAAAGAACCAUACACACACAAAACAAAUAGAAUUCAAAUCAUAGAAGAAAAACCCAAUUAAAAGUUAGAGUAAAAAAAUAUGUUUUAAGCUGCCAUUUAGAAAUAUCCACAGAGCCAAUCUCCCUAAUAUUUUGAGGAAUACUAUUCCACAGUUUAGGUGCGUAAUAGAAAAAGGCUGCCUCUCCAGUCAUCCUGUGCUUAACUUUUGGAGUAUUCAGUAGACUAGCACCUGAGGAACAGGAGACAGUUACAUUCAACAAAUGGAGAGUUUCAAGUCCUUUCCAAAUGACUGCUGUUGUUUGAACGUAUGUUACGGUGUUUAAAAUCUUGCAUUUGGCAAUAACAAUAAGAGUAAAGCACAGUUUUUGAGUCAGUCCCAUUGUUUUCACUAUAUCGAACACUAAUGCUUUGUAGCUGUUGAAAAAUGGUUGUUGAUCUAGUGAAGGAGGGAAGCUAAAAUGUACUAAACAUGUAAAAUGCUUGCUUUUGUUUUUCGUAGCUGAAUACAAACAUUAAAAAAGGAAUGAUAGGCGCACAGAAAACUGUGCUGAGGGUAUCAGGGUGUACGUUUUACAGGAAAAAACUUUGAAACUGUAAAUAUUUAUUUUUAUUUAUUUUUAUUUUGCACUAUGUUUGUAUUUGA